AUGAUAAACUCCCAUGGGGGUGGAGGGGUGCUUCCACUUGAGGAGAAGGAAGAGGAGUUGAAGUUGGAGGAGCAAGAGGAUGAUGAUAAUGGUGAAACCGGCCACGACGCCCAAUCGUCUCAGUGGAGAUGCAACAUGCUUGAAGAAAUAACCAAUGCCACCUCAGAGCCCACGUUCUAUGUCUUUGCUUUCUCCACAUCUGAAACUGAAAGAAUAACAAUUGUAACAGCAGUUUUGCUGAUUUAUCUUCUUAUUCUUAGUGGGAAUCUCCUCAUCAUUUCAUUGAUAGGUCUUGAGCUCCAGCUACACACGUCCAUGUACUUCUUCCUGUGUAAUCUGUCUAUAUUAGACAUCUUGUAUGUGUCCACAACACUUCCUAAGCUGAUCUACAUAUCUCUCACCGGUGACCAUGUUAUGUCAUAUACUGGGUGUUUAGCUCAGUUAUAUUUGUAUCUAUUGUUUGGUGAUACAGAGUGCUUUCUGUUGACAUCCAUGGCCAUUGACCGCUAUGUAGCAAUUUGCUUUCCUUUACAUUACUCUCUCAUAAUGAGUAAAGAGGUUUGUGUGUUACUGGCAUUUCCUGCAUGGUUUAUGGCCUCUGUCAAUGCCUCCCUUCUCACCUGUUAUGCUCAUAACUUGACUUUCUAUGGUUUAGUUGAAGUCAAAAACUUCUUCUGUGACAUUAAAGGCCUGCUAAGGGCUUCCAUUAGUGACACUACUUCUUUGAGGACAUUUAUUACUGUGGAUGCAAUGUUUGUUGGGGUUUUUCCCUCUUGUCUGAUCUUGGCUUCCUAUGUCUGUAUCAUUCACACUGUCUUAAAAAUUAAGUCUUCCCAUGGAAGAUGGAAGAUGUUCUCAAGCUGCACUUCCCAUAUAACAAUAGUGGUUGUGUACUUUGGUUCUGCCAUAUCCUUGUAUUUGACAAAUUCUCUAGAACAAGAUCUUGUCCUCUCAAUGAUGUUUAUUACUUUGGUCCCAAUGUUAAACCCUCUAGUAUACAGCCUGAGGAAUAAAGACAUCAUAAGAACGCUUAAACAAAUAAUACAUGUUUCAGGUGUUUCUAUGGGGGCCAAAUUCUCCCCGUCUUUGGCCAACAUAGCCAUGGCUUUCUGGGAAGAAAAAUAUGUCUUUUCUGUUGACAACCCAUUUUCUGGGUAUCUUGUCUGUUUAUGUGACAGCUUCAUCUUUGCUAAAGAGCAAAAUUUCAAAUUUUCGCUCUCAAGUAAAUUAAUUAUUGAUGAAGCUGAUAUUUACCGUGACUCCCACAAGGGCUCAUGGGAAUUUGCACAAGAUUGA